AUGCUCUACAGAGCGCUACCUUUGCCCAUGCGUCGAACGAGCAGGGGGGAUAUUUCCAAACGAUAUAUCGAUCGGCGCCGGCAAACCAUCGAAUCGGUCGCGACAUGUCUCGCAACCGGCCGCUUCCUGCUGUACGAAUCGCGGCCGCUCUUUCAUAAUACGUUCGCGAUUAGAGCGCUCGUGCGCCCAACGGCGGAAUUGACCCGAUUAAACCCGUUUCAAGCGCACGCGGCCGCGCUGUUGACG